AGUAAUAUCACUGUCUCCCUUCAUCACCAAAUCUCUCCAGAUGUUAGUAAUAUCACUGUCUCCCUUCAUCACCAAAUCUCUCCAGAUGUUAGUAAUAUCACUGUCUCCCUACAUCACCAAAUCUCACCAGAUGUUAGUAAUAUCACCGUCUCCCUUCAUCACCAAAUCUCCCCAGAUGUUAGUAAUAUCACUGUCUCCCUUCAUCACCAAAUCUCUCCAGAUGUUAGUAAUAUCACCGUCUCCCUUCAUCACCAAAUCUCACCAGAUGUUAGUAAUAUCACUGUCUCC